AUGCAACCUUUAUUUGUGAACGUGGGCAAUCGAACGAGGUUUUACUUCAACAUGAGAUUGGGCGUCUCGGAAUCAUUCGCAAACUUUGAUCAAGCACGGAUCAUGUUCACAGGACCGAGUCGGACAAGCUCGAUCAUCACCUGGAUCUCCAAGUCGCGGAGUGUCUUGGGAAGCCAGAGACAGUUCGCUUCCUCAACUUGGUUUGAAGACACAGACGAGGGGGGGCCCUGGGUCGUCGAGAAGUUGGUCUUGUAUGAUACGAAUGCUAACGGAGUCCUGUUCACCCGACAGGUCUUAGCACAAAUGGCAGACAGAGUGAACUUGACAGUGUACGUGUGGACUCAGUAUAUGACCAACUGCUCCGCUGUUAAGGAUUCGCCAUGUACCGCUAGCGGUGGUCAUUGCAUCGAUCGACAACUCGUUGCUGGCUUGAUGCCCAUGUCUCUUUGCUCUUGCUCUGGAGAGAAUCUCUGGAGUGACAGUCAGAUGUGCAUAGAUAUACAGCAGGCGGCAACGUACAACAGCCAGGUCGACCCGUCAAGCCCAUUGCCGCAAGACAUGAAACCAUCAUCCGGCUCGAGCCAGGUUGGGGGUCAGUGGGUUUCAAACUCUUCGAGCACUGGAAAUACAGUCGCAACGAGCUUGAGGGUCGACGACAGUCCUCCUACUUCAAGUGUCGCGAACCUCCUGCAGAUCUUAGGGCUCUCAGUGAUGAUUCUGUUCCUGAUCUAUGCGGUGUACCUCACUUCGACACGGCUACAGGCCAUCAAGCAGCUUUUCUUCUACCGCCGACCUUCCCGAGCGAUGCGUCGGCCGCAAGACUCCUUCUCUCACUUCGACCUGCCGCGCGUCCCCGGCAGGCAGAGCUCGUCCCUUCGGCGUUCCAGCAACUGGUGA